AUAACCAGUUCUACAUAUAUGCAAGUUGCCUUUCGUAUGUGCUGUUUGCCAUUAUUUCGAUGCCAUUGCAUUCCGCCGACUUUUCAGGUGUUGUAUGUAAGCCAGCUCGGUCUGCACUUGUCUCUCGGUGUCGACACGAUUCAAUGUUGAACGAACUUUUGCUGUGUCCAGUCAACGUGAUUUGCGAGUGCUGUCUACCGUGUAAACGCCGUGUAUUAAACAAUAACAAAAACAAACACAUUGAGGAAACUCAGUGAGGAUUGUACUUAAACACGCGCGCAGCUUUGUCGUCGUUGUCGUGUUUAUCCGGAGCUUACGUUACUCGCUUGAUCUUUGUGUUGUUUGUGUAUUUGCUCGCCUGCCUGUUCGCUCGAGUCAGGUCUGCAGACGUGAAGUGAAAACAAGUUUUUCGCCCCAACUUCAACGCGUCCGCCUAGUUGGUAGGUGUUUUGGACUAUCGUAGUUUUCGUUGUUGCCUUUAUUAUUAUUGUUGUACGCUGAUUGAACGCAGCACGGUUUACCUGCGCCUACAGACUGUCGCGCUCUGCGCUCGGAGCAUCUAUGUACUAUAAAUCGCUCAUUCGUUGCUAAUUCUCUUGCUGCUCCAAAUUCGCCAGUGCACUCGCGUUCUUACAUUUUAUUUGCAUCGUUUGUGUUGUUGCAAAUGUUGUUGCCGUUAUUGCUGCUAACUUGCAAUCUGAGCCUUUUCGGUAGAGCUGCUGUUGUUGUUGCUGUUACUGCUGAGUUUUAGGUUUUGUUCAACAGGUGAAUUCGCAGUUGACAGGCCUGCAGCCCCUUGUCUUCUACAUAAUGGCAAUAAUUUAAAUAUACAUGUAUACAAAAGUUAAAGUACAUAAACAAAUGAAGUGUUCGGUUGUGAAGUUUAAACAAAAUAAAUAUUCAAAUCUCGUAAAAAAAUUAACAUAUCUCCUGUCAUCUGUCGCAAAUGUCGCGUAUAUAAAUAUAAAUGUGAAUGCAAUGAAGUUAAUAAAUAAUAGAAAUAAAUAAAAGAGUGUUUGUCAAAGUGUUCGAGUGUGCUAAAAACAACCAGCCAACCGACGGAAACAACAAAUGCGACUUGGAUUAAAUUAAUUAAGUCUGCUACAACUACAACUAUAUAUUUCUUGACUGAUGGAAGGAGCAAUAUUUCAGUGAAAAACCAAAAUAAUUAAAUUCAAAUAUUUAUAACAUGCACUAUAUUUAAAGGUGUAAAAUUUUCAACCAAACCAACUGAAAGUGAAUAACAGCUAUGAUAAGAGAAGCGCACGCUUGCUAAGCAAACAACAACAAAAAAUUACAAAGGAGCAGGGAAUGCAGGUGAAACACAAGCGCAUAAAUUAGCCAAAUAAUCGAAAAAUGAAAUCAACUGUUGCGCUGCAAAGUGGCAUGUAAUUUUGCAAUUAUCACUUUUCAUUUCCAUCUACUACACGCAGCAAGCGCCGAAUACAACGUGUUGCCAUAUCAGAGCUAAAUUACCGACGAACAUACAAGAAACAACACGCUUGCGCACAUAUUAUGAGUGAUUGUGAAUACACAAGUGUUAUCCGUACAUGUGUAUGUGAGCGCAUUUACUUGGAUUUUGCGAUUGUUGAUUGCGAUUACACCGCCAAAAACAAAACCGCACGAAGAAAUCGCCAUUAAUACGUUCACUAGAGGUAUUACGGACCUCAAUACAACAUAGUUAGUUUAUACAAGCACAACAACAAAAAGAACAAGAAACAAAUAAAGUAUUCCGUAGAGUGCUCGCUGUUGCUGCUGUGUUGUUCAUGCUGCUCUUGUUGUUGUCGCUGUCAGCGUACACGCAUUUCGCGCCAUAUACGGCUGCUCGCACGAGAUCAUCUCGCACACAUCCUGCUGCAUCGCAUCGCCGCUGACUUGCAGGUUUGCUGAUUGUAUGGCAUUACAAUUUAAAUCAACUGCACCGAUUUCUUUCUCUCAAAAGCCACACAAUGUCAGCGCCGCACACUUUGAGUCGAUGUGCAGCAGCAAGCACAGCGCGCUCAUUAUUGUUCUUGCUGUUGCUUAGUUGUCAACGUAUUGCGGGUAUUUUGGGCAAAUCACAGAUGUGCGAAGUUGAAACGGGACAAACGAACAUUAUAUUGGAUAUAGAAGAGAGUCGUGGUGAUUUUAUUGGGCAACAAACGACGCCGGCGGAGUUGCCAAUUUACGGUGAUCCCUACACGGAAAUUGCACUGGAUCUAGUCUUCCCAAAGGGGAAUCCGACAUUCCUGCUGGACGGCAAAAAAUUGCAGCUGUUGCAGCCGCUUGAUCGCGAUGAGGAGAAUCUGAGUCACAUUGUCUUUCAGGUUUCCUGUUCGAUUCGCAACGCAACCAACAAGCGACGCAGCAUACCGAUUAUUGUGCGCGUAUCUGAUGUCAACGACAAUGCGCCGCGCUUCAUGAACACACCCUAUGAGGUCACCGUGCCGGAGAGCACUCCGGUUGGCACGACGAUCUUCCGUCAUAUUCAGGCGCUGGACAAGGAUGCUGGUGUUAAUGGGCUCGUCGAGUAUUUUAUUGUUGAGGGCAACACAAACACAACGGAAGAUGAGACAAUGACAAUUGCCGAUGGUUAUGGGACAUUUGCAAUUUCCUUUCCCCAUCAAGGGCAGGUGACUGUCGCCAAAACGCUGGAUUACGAGAAGGUGCAACGCUAUUAUCUAACAAUCGUCGCAGCGGACCGCGCACGCAACGUUUCGGAGCGCCUCUCCUCGACCACCACGCUGAGAGUGAACGUAGCCGAUUCGGACGACCAGGAUCCAUCGUUUAUUUAUCGCGGCUGUGUGUUGCUCGAUGGCGCCUGCAUCAAUCCCGAGUACUCCGCCUCGGUGCCGGCUGGGUCGCUGCAAGGUGUGCUCACCGUUACGCCAGAACGCAUACAGGCCGUUGACUUGGACACGAUCAGCUCGCCAAUACAUUACUCCUUCGCCAGCGGCAUGCCAAACAAUUAUGCAGAUUACUUUGAGAUUGAUGAGCAGACGGGCGUGUUGAAGCAGAUCAAAGCGGUGGACACGUCAACCGCCAAAAAAUAUGAUAUUGUCGUAAAAGCCGAGGAAGUGUCAAUGGCAAAACGCUUCACCACCGCCAAAUUGACGAUCAAUGUGAAGCCCGUCGAUGCCAAUCCACCAGUUAUAAGUGCCAGCGAUAUUGACGGCUAUGUGGACGAGAACUCGCCCAUCGGCACACGUGUUGUUGACGCAAAUGGUCGUCCAAUCUCUUUUGAGACCACGGACGCUGAUUUGGGUGAAAAUGAUCCCAAGCCCGAUUAUAUUUACGAGCUAACUACGCCUUCUUUUAACGUUACAAACGACGGAAUUUUGAUUGUCAAUGAGGAGGGUUUGGAUCGCGAUCCACCAGCGCCCGGUCGCUACAAAUUCCAAGUUGUUGCACGUGAACCGCGCACAAAUGCGGCCAGUGCGCCACUCAGCCUUACCGUACACCUGCGCGAUGUAAAUGACAAUCCACCCAAGCUCGCAAUGGUGCCACCAAUCACGAUUACCGCCGGUGAUGGCCAACGCAAUGUCACUAAGGUGAUUGCAACCGACAAUGAUGAAGGCGAAAAUGCCAUAAUCACAUAUUCCAUCUAUCAUGUAUCCAAUAACGGACAGCAGAAGUUCCACAUCGACGAGAAGACCGGUGAAAUAGAGACGAGAGGUCGGCUAUUAGCAGGCGAACAGUAUAGCAUAACAGUGCAGGCAACAGAUAAUGGUGGGCUUUCUUCCCAAGCUAUUGUCGAAAUCGCCGUAACACCAGGACCGAAUACGAAACCGCCAAAAUUCGUCAAACCCAUCUAUGAGGUGCAGGUUAGCGAAGGUGCUGAGAUCAAUUCCACCGUAACGGUAGUGCAUGCUGAAGAUCCUGAGAAUGAUCCGGUGGUGUACUCAAUCGUUUCGGGCAACGAUUUACGGCAAUUCGCUGUGGGUCAAGAAAGUGGUGUCAUUAUGGUGAUACGUAAAUUAGAUCGUGAAAGUCUCACACGCUAUCAACUUACUGUGUUAGCCGAAGAUAAUGGCGGCUUAUCGAGCAGUGCUACGGUGAAUAUCAAGGUGACCGAUAUCAAUGACAAAAACCCCGAGUUCGAUGAGUCUACACUACCGUACGUAUUCAAAGUGGAUGAGGGACAGAAGGAUGCUUUUGUCGGCAUUGUACAUGCUACCGAUGCAGAUGAGGGUAUCAACGCUGAGAUCACCUACUCCGUGCCGCAAGACAUACCCUUCGCCAUCGACGGUAAGUCGGGCGAGAUACGGACCGCCGCGCCUUUAGAUUAUGAGCGUCAGAAAGAGUACCGCUUCGUGGUGACCGCCAAAGAUGGUGCGCCAGAUGCGCGUCUCGGUACGGCGAGCGUUACAGUGCAGGUGCGUGAUCUGCCCGAUGAGGUGCCGAAGUUUACGGAUGCACGCAUUGAUGUGCAUGUGCCCGAGAAUGAGGCCGACUACUUGGUAGCAACCGUACAAGCUUUCGAUCCAGAUACGGUACAACAGAUCACUUACGUGCUACGCAAAGGUGCGUCUGAGCUCUUCAAGGUGUCGGCACAAACAGGUGAAAUACGCACCACCACUGGACUGGAUUAUGAGAAGAAGCAGAAGCAUGAACUUAUUGUUGGCACAAUUGAGAAUGAUGGCGAUGGACCCGGUGACACCAUACACAUUUUUAUCGAAGUUGACGAUCGCAACGAUGUGCGGCCGGUCUUCGCGGCUGUACCGGAACCUGUUACAGUUAACGACGAUCAAUCAAUCGGUACGCGUAUAGCAACAAUGGCGGCUAUAGAUGGUGAUGGCUCAUCGCCUGGCAAUGUGGUGCGCUACGAGAUGGUCGGACGUGGCAAGGCAUUAAAGUAUUUCCAAGUGGAUGCCGAUUCAGGUACCGUGCGUAUAAGAGAUGAUUUACGCAAGGAGGAGGACACCGAGUAUCAGGUGGAUAUACGCGCUUACGAUAUGGGUGAACCACAGCUGAGUUCCGUAGCCACCUUGCCGGUAUUCGUACGUCAUCUGUUGAUCGAUCCGAACGAGAGCAAUAUGAUGGAAGGUAAAAUGAAUGACGGUGCUAUAAUGAGUCCAGAGAGCAUUGGUUUGGCUUUCAGCGACGACAGUUACACUACUGGCGUGCCAGAGACUACCGGCCUAAAUGCAACGAUUAAAGUGAUACAAGUUAUUAAUUCAAAGAAGUCACGCGACGGCACACCAAGCUUUAAGUGCGAAAUAGUUAACGGCAAUGAUAUGGACUACUUCGAUAUAAUGACCGAAGAUCACGGUUGUGGUGUUAAAUUGAUAAAGCAUCUCGAUUUUGAGAAUACCACCGCUUACUCGUUGAGCAUACGCCUCAUUUCACAUAAAUACUUCGUGAAUCCGCAAAAAAGCAUGGCUACAGUGAAAAUAAUUGUACAGGAUGAAAACGACAAUGCACCCGAGUUCAUUUUCAAUCGUGCGCACUCCACACGUAAAGAUACUUUCUACGCGGUGGUGGCUCCCGAAGUAGACAUCGACACACCGAUCCUGCAAGUGCGCGCCACCGAUCGUGAUUCCGGUAAAUACGGCAUGAUACGUUACAAGAUUUACGAUGAAGAGGACAAUGUAAUCAGCGAUGAGAAUUUGCCCACAACCUACUUCGUCAUGACCGAAGAUACCGGCAUCCUACGCACGGCAAAACUCUUCCAAGACGGUGCGACGUUCCCCAUGAUGUUCUAUGUGGAAGCGCGCGAUAACGACGGUCAAGAGCUGGGUUCGCAUCACACACGCGCACGCAUUGUGAUCAAUCAGAUAACCGAUCAGCAUCGCAUGUCUUUGGUCUUCUCCGAUUCGGCGCCAAAUGAGAUACGCAAUCACUACAGCGCUUUGGAAGAACUAUUGGAAGAGAAGACCAAUGGACUCAUUAGCGGAAUAGAGCGCUUCAGUAAUCGUAAAAUUUUGACAGAGAAUGGCACGAUCAUUGAAAAUCCCGCCGCAACGGAUGUCUGGUUCUACUUGAUCGAUCCCAAAUCCGAGCAGAUACUGCCGCGCAAUGAUACCACGGUGCGUGAGGCGUUACUGGAGCCGACAGCUCGCGCUGAGCUCAACUUUGCCGCGUCUGGUGUGGCGCAUGCGACCGCUGAGGGUAUAUAUGCGCCCAUUGAGAUGAAGCAGCAAGUGACCAGGGUUAAAGCGGCUAUAGCAAUCAAUGAUGACGUAUUCCCAUACACGCUAAUCGCCAUCUCGAUAAUCAUACUCAUACUCGGCACAAUCGGCAUCAUCUACAUUUGCAUCUCGUGGUCUAAGUACAAGAACUUCAAACAGCGCAUGCGCCAAUAUGCCGCGCCCAGCCCCACGCGCUACGACCCGGUAAUUGUAAAUUCGCAAACGGCCAACUCCGGCGAUGCCGUCACUAAUAUGAAGGAGUAUGAGACGCAAGUGCUGGCCAUGGCUGUGCCACCAGACGGCGAUGAUGAUCUCCAGUUGGACUUUAGCGCCAAGAAUCAUGCCUUCUCGCUGGACAACGUCAGCUACAUUACGCACAAAGAGAACGGCACGAGUGGCGGUCAGGCGAGUCCAUCGCAUUCGGAUGCAACAACCGCCACAAUCACCACACUGCGUCGCAAUAACAAUAACAACAAUUUGAAUAAUAUGGCGCAUAAUAAUAGCAAUAACAAUAAUAAUAACGGCAUGAAUAAUCGCCAGAACACAUUCAAUCGCACGCUGGAAAUGAAUGCACGCAACAAUGCGAACCCGCUAGCGGCGGCCGCAAAUGGCACGCUGCCCGGCACUUUGACGCUGGGUCGUCUCAAGCAUCAAAAUGGCGCCACCCACUACCAGAACGGUGGCUACAAGCUCGACGCUGUGAGUCGCAAUAAUCUGGCGAAUCUACAGAACAAUAGCUACAGCACAAUGGGUCGGCGGGGAAAUACAUUUGGCGGGCCAAAUGGUCUAAACAGCUUGAAUGGCGGCGCUGCUGACGGUAGCGGGAAUGUUGGUGAGUUGAUGACGAACACGCUGGGACGCAACAGUCAUCAGCAUCAUCACCUCAACAGUCGCGGCUAUGCGGACGUGCCGAUAACGAACCCGCUCUUUCAACGCUCCAAUGGGGACCUGAGCCACAUAAGUACCACCAAUGAAAAUGUCACUUUCGGCAAGCGUGACUAUGGACAAUUAGGCUUCUCUUAUUUAAAUGAUUUAGAUCGUUCAGAGGUUGAGACGACAACGGAGCUGUAAAAUUAAAUAAUAUUGAAAACCAACGAAUAUUUACGACAAUUUUUUAAAAAGCUAACAAAAUAGUAAACACUUAUGAGCAGCUGGAGAGAAUAUAAAAUCGAAUUAGAAAGCGAAAUUAUAAAAAAAAAAAUAUAAAAUAAUAAUUUCUUUCAGACUGCAAAGCGCACUUUAGAUACUAAAAAUUUACUAACUACUCUCCAGGUUCUCUCUUUUGAAACGGCUCAUUUGUGUAGAGCAAACGAACAAAUAUAAUAACAGUAACCCACACAAUGCCAAACUGAAAUAGUUAAGGAAAAUCAACUAAAUACCUUGACUCAUAAGUACUGUAUGAUAAUAAAACAAAUAAUGUAUGUAUGUGUAAUGUUAAAUAAUUGCAUUACUUAGCUGCCACUGCAUACAAAUAUUCACUUUGUAGAAAUCUUCAUUUUCCGAACGAAAAUAUUUUGCAAUUUAUUAUGCGUAUAUGUACAUGUAUGUUUGUAUGUAACGAAAUGUUGCCAUUAAGUAAUCAAACUUAGUUUAGCUCAGCAUAGGGUAAUCUAAAAUUAGCUUUUCUACUGCAAAUGUAUGUAUGUAAUAUAGUAAUUAAGUAGUCUAAGCUUGUAAAUACAACUAGAAAUACAAUAUAUACUAGAAAUAUGCAAAUUUAUCAAGUUCUAUGUACAUAUGUACAUGUAUUGUAUAACAAUAGAUAAAUACUUGUAAAAUGCAGCUGUUGAAUGUAAUGAUUACUUUUUUGCGUAUGAGAAAUAUGUUUUAGGUGAAAAUACAUUUUUUAAAGUCAUUAGUUGUUAGAAAGCUUGAAAAGGAGUAGGCAUAAUAUUGAGCAAUAAAAUUUGUGUGAAAAAAUGUAUGCUUUACGCUUGAAAUGUUUAGUUGUUGUAGGAAAUUUUUGAAUGGAGAAAUAUGUUUCUAAAAAGGUUUAAUGACACUGUAUGAAGAAGAAAGAAAUAUUGCAUACAAACAGCUUUAUAAAAUUUUAAAUAUUUUCUGCAUGUUAAUUAUGUUGUUGUUGUAGCUGCAUAAAGUAACUGUUGAAAUAACUUUUGUCACUUCAGCUUGCAUUGCAAACAACUAUUUCAAGUAUAUUUCGGCAGAUACAACAACAAUAAUAAGCCAUGCAUUGCUAUUAUUCGCUUGUUGUUGCUGUUGUAGUAGAGUAAAAUUAAAAUUACACAAGUUCAAUGAUUUAAAAAAUUAAUAUGCUAAAAGAAUAUUUAGGGUAAGUUAACAAUAUUUAGAAUUGCUAAAAAAAUUAAAUGGAAACUUAGUUAAAUCUUUUUCUGUAACCAAAAUAUUUUUCUGUAAAAAUCAUAACCAUUUAAAACGGCCGUUUAGGAAAAGCAUA